GUGAAAACUUUCCAACGAAAAUGGCAAUGGCACUACUAUUAAAGGUUCUGGCGAUAGCGAGCGUGAUGUUGUACAAUAAAAGUGUACAAUCAGCAACUAGAAUUAAAAGACUCAGUUUGGCAGAACCAAUGCCGGCACAUUACUAUGGACAAGGUGGUCCAGGAUCUUAUUCUUUUGGAUAUGACGUGUCCGAUCCAGAAACGGGUAAUAUCCAGUAUCGAAAGGAGAAAAGGUUUGCAAACGGAACCGUGAUAGGUAGUUAUGGAUACUUGGAUCCCUUUGGACGCACGCGCAACUAU